AUGUUGAAGUGGAUAUUAUUCUCCGCUUUAUUAAGCGUUCUUCUCUUCUCAAAUAUUUGCAAAGCCGAUGAUAUUGAUGAUGAUACUGUAUCAACAUCAACACUUCCGCCGAAAGUUGAUAAUGACAUAGGCAAACAUAGUGAUGCAUCGAAAACUGAUGAUGAGGUUGUACAAAAAGAGGAAGAGGCUAUUAAAUUGGACGGUUUGAGUGCGAAAGAGUUUCGAACGUUAGUUGACGCUUCCGAAAAACAUCAAUUUCAAACCGAAGUUAACCGUAUGAUGAAAUUGAUUAUUAAUUCAUUGUACAAGAACAAAGAAAUCUUCUUACGUGAAUUAAUCUCGAACGCAUCGGAUGCUUUGGACAAAAUACGUUUUCUUUCUCUUACUGACAAGAGCGUACUUGGCGAUAAAGAAGAAUUAACUAUACGUAUCAAGAUUGACAAAGAAAGCCGCAUGUUACACAUAACCGAUACGGGUAUUGGCAUGACCAAAGCUGAUCUUGUUCAAUUCCUUGGCACAAUAGCCAAAUCAGACACAUCGGAAUUCUUGAGCAAGGUUCAAGAUGCACAGAAGGAAGCGAAAGAUGGAGCAUCAAUGAGCGAUUUGAUCGGCCAAUUCGGCGUGGGAUUUUAUUCAAGUUUUCUUGUUGCCGAUAAAGUUAUUGUCACAUCCAAAAACAAUGCUGAUGAGCAACAUAUUUGGGAAUCAGAUUCGACAUCGUUCAACGUUGUCAAAGAUCCUCGAGGAAAUACACUUGGCCGGGGAACAACAGUCAGCUUACACUUGAAAGAAGAAGCUGGAGAAUAUCUCGAAAUUCAUACAUUAGAAGAAAUCAUUCGCAAAUAUUCUCAAUUUAUCAACUUUAAUAUCUACUUAUGGAAAUCAAAAACCGUCAAGGAAGAAGUCCCAGAUGAUGAUGCUACAACUGACGACAAGAAAACAGACGAAGCCGACAAGAAAGCCGAUGAUGAUGCAGCUGUCGAAGAUGAUAAGGAAGAAGAAAAGAAAGCCAAAACCAAAACAGUCGACAAAACAGUUUGGGAUUGGGAGUUAAUGAACGAAAGUAAGCCCAUCUGGCAACGAAAACCAGCUGAAGUCACCGAAGACGAAUACAAUGCAUUCUACAAAUCAUUCACAAAAGAAUCCGAACCACCGAUGAUCUACAGUCAUUUUACUGCCGAAGGUGAAGUCACAUUCAAAUCGAUUCUUUACGUACCAAAAGCCGCUCCAUUCGACUUAUUCUCGAAUUACAAUAAGAAAACCGAUGCGAUCAAACUCUACGUUCGUCGAGUAUUCAUCACAGACAACUUCGAAGAAAUGAUGCCGAAAUAUUUAUCGUUCAUCCGUGGUGUUGUUGACAGCGAUGAUUUACCAUUGAAUGUCUCCCGUGAAACUUUACAACAAUCGAAAUUACUCAAAGUUAUCAAGAAGAAACUCGUACGAAAAGCUCUGGACAUGUUGAAAAAGAUCUCUGCUGAAGAUUAUGUCUCAUUCUGGAAAGAAUAUGGUACAAACAUCAAAUUAGGUGUUAUCGAAGAUUCAGCCAAUCGUACACGUUUAGCCAAAUUACUUCGUUACACCUCAUCACAAUCAAAAGACAAACAAAUCAGUUUAGCUGAAUAUGUUGAACGUAUGAAACCCAAACAAGAACAUAUCUAUUUCAUUGCUGCUAUGUCAAUUGAAGAAGCACAAAAAUCACCAUUUGUUGAACGUAUUCUCAAGAAAGGUUAUGAAGUUCUUUAUUUAAUCGAUCCUGUUGAUCAAUAUUGCAUGCAAUCGUUACCCGAAUACGAAGGCAAGAAGUUUCAAAACGUCGCGAAAGAUGGCUUAGAAUUAGACAAGUCGAAUGCCAAGAAAGAAGAAGAAAAGAAACAAUUAGAAAAAACGUACGAACCACUGUUGACAUGGUUGAAAGACAAAUUAACCGAUAAGAUCAGCGAUGCGAAAGUAUCCGACCGACUUGUCCAAACACCAAUGGCACUCGUUGCUUCUCAAUGGGGUUAUGAUGGUAACAUGGAGCGAAUUGCUCGUGCUCAAGCUUAUCAAAAGAGUGGAGGUGAUGCAACCAUGAAUUAUUAUUUAAAUCAAAAGAAAACAUUAGAAAUUAACCCACGUCAUCCAUUGAUCAAAGAUUUACUUCGCCGUGUUGAAGAUUCCAAAGAUGAUCAGACAGCAAUUGAUUUAGCUAAUGUUAUGGUAGAAGCUGCUACACUUCGAUCAGGUUAUGAUCUUAAAGACUCGACUGGCUUUGCUGAUCGCAUUGAAUCCAUGUUACGACGCGCUAUGGGCGUUUCAUUAGACGAAAAAGUGGAAGAAGAACCAGUUGAUGAAGAAGCCGAAGCUCCAAAAGAUGAAAAUACAAUCGAUGAUGAUGAAGACAAUGUCAAAUCAAAACAAACUUCCAAGGUUGGUUAA